AUGAAGACCGUGCUGAGCAUACGCGGGCAGGACGUUUGGCUGGCGGCAAUCCUAACCUUCUGGCUUCUGCGAGUGGCAAGUCGCAUCUGUCUUCCACAGCGCAUGUAUACCCAGUUUGCAGCUCCAUUUCUCACGUUUGCGGCGCGGGCGGCGCCGGUGGUGCUCUUGCUGGCGGCAGGACGCAGGUCGCCGUUGAGCUCCGCCGCGUCCCAAUUUAUACUGAGGAGCCAGGGCCUCUUUGACGCAAUCGUUUCCUUAACACAGCCGGCUGUGUAUGUUCAUGCGGAGCUCCUCUUCAAUGUCUUCAACAUCGCGGCAGUGGGCGUACUCGCCUCGUGGCAUGGCCGCGGCGGCGGUGGCGGCAGUGACGCCGUCGCCUCUCGUGUCUUCGUGGCUCAGGUUGUUCUCCAGCGGGCUGCUCUCAUGGUUGCCGUACACUGGCUGGCGGGACGCUUCCUCCAUCGCCGCCCCUCCCGCAGCGGCGGAGCUGCCUCCGCUGGGGGUGCUGACGCUGUUGGUGCUACAGGCGGACCGGUGGCAGCGGCGGCGGCGGCGGCUGCAGCUAGCGGCGACGGCCGCGACCCGCUGCAGCCUCCGGCACCGCCACCGUCCGCCGUACAACCUACACAGCAGCCUGCGCAUGUUCAACAGCUACUGCUGCAGCACCACAACAACAACACCCGGCAGGAGAUGGAGCAAGAGAGGGAGAGGAAGAUUUCGGAGGCGGGGGAAGGAGAUGGAGGGAGCGCUGGCAAGCCGGACGGCACGGAUCCGAGGUUUUUUGGGGUGGAGGGCGCAGAAGCGGAGGAGGGGGGGCCCACAGGCGACGGGGAGCCAUGCGACAUUGGAUUGGAUGGUUGCAGCAGUGACUGUCGCAGUGGCUUCCGGGCGAGGGGCUCACAACCUCCAGCAGUCGAAGCAGCAGCAGCUGCAGCCGCCAGGGCAGUAGCUGCCUCUGAGGCUGCAGGAGGAGCAGUGGCGGAGGUGGAGGCGAAUGGGGGGAUGAAGAAUGCUGCUGCUGCCGUCGCCGCCGUGGCUAGGGCAGUUUUUGAUGGCAACGUGUAUCCGACGAUGCAAGGCAAUGAGCUGCAUGGUGCCCCUUGCUUGCUGCCGUACAAAUCACCCAUCCGUCGCCGUACAGCGCGCAUUAAGAUUCCGUUCGCUGAGCCGGAUCAGAUUUCCCCCGGCUACGUGGAGCGGCUUCAGGAGCUGGUUGCGCAGCGAGGGAUGCACCUGUCGGGUGUGUACGUUCGCCCAGGCUGCAUAGAGCUGUUGCUAGAUCUGGAGGUGGAAGCCGAGCGGCUGUAUGACUAUGGUACAGCGUACGGCGCAGCGGUUGGUAACGCUUUGCAAGAGAAGGAUUGUGGGAGCUGGCGGCGCCUGCCGGCGUCAUCCCCCGGCGGCGCCGGUGGCAAUAGUACGGCCGGUACGACCGCCGUUGACGACGAGCUAGGCGUGGAGGGAUUGAUUGCUGACCUGUCAUCGGACAUGGGCAGUAUACUGCAGGCGCUUGGCCUUUCCGCUCCGUUACAGUUGGACGAGCAGGCUCAGUUAUCAACGGUCGCCGUGUCGGCCGUACCACUGGGCCACCUGGCGGGACCUGUACGGCACGGCGGCGCACCGCGUCCGCGUCCGCGGAUCCACAUUGCGAUGUCGCCGCGGGUAAUGCUAAUGCUGUCGCCGUCACCAGGGCCGGCGGCGGCAGUGGCGGUGCUUUCUGUAAUGGUGUCGUACGCGGAAUACGAUGCUGUUCCUGCCGCCGCCGCCGCCAGCAUCCCGGAUUCAUCAGCGCCAGCCGCAGAGGCUCCGCCGUCGGCGCCGCCGCCGCCGCCGCCGUUACCGGAGGUGCUCGUCAGAUGCCAGGGGACGUACUUGCAAUCGAAGGUGAACCAUUGCAGCGGCGGCGGCACGGCCGACGCCGCCGCCGCCUCCGGUACGGUGUCGUACAACGUAGAGCUCUUAGAAUUGCCGUCACGGGGACCAGGGCUCUUACUGGUCGAGUUGCGGUGGGGUGCCGUACUGGAGCCCGCGGUGCCCGUGCUCGUCCUGGACGACGCCGCAGUAGCAUCCGAGCUGCAAUUGGCCGUUGAACAAAUUUCGCGGCAUACCGCCGGUGGCGGCGACGACAACGGCGGCGGCGAAGGCAGUACGGCAUCAGCUGUCAAUGAUGUCGAUGAUCUCCUAUUGGAUCUUGGCGCCUGGCUGGCUCACGUUUCGGCUGAUUCCUCUACUGAAGCGGCGGCGGAGCCGAUGCCGUACAUGCCGUACAAUGCCGCCGUCACCCUGGCGACGCACCUCCUCCGCCACGCCGAGGCCUGUGGCUGGACCGCCACUGCCACCUGGCUCCGGAGGGAUCUCGGGACGCUGCAGGCCAAGAAGAACAACGGCAGUAGCAGUAGCGGCAAAGGGAGUAGCAGCAACUCCCAAAAAAUUGUCCCAGCAGCAGUAUCUGGCAAAGCUGGCGGCUCCGCCGCCGCCGCCGCCGCCGCCGCCGGCGUUCGACCGCCGCUGGCUCCCCUUCGUCCCGUGUUUCUCAGUGCACUGUUUCAGGCUUUGGGCUUGUGUAUCUUGCCACCGAAGGAGGAAGCCGCCUACCAGGCGUAUGCGGCACCUAGGGUAUUGUCGUACUGCCACGUCAUGUGGGUCGGGUUGGCUUGGGUUGAGUCGGGGUUCCGGGAGUCAGGCGAGGGGCUCCUGGAUGCGGGCAACCUCACCUCCCUGGCGGGCUGCGCGGUGGGCACGGUGACGGCGGCGGCCUGGCCGCUACUGCCCCGGAGGGGGUGGGAGGCGCUGGUGGAGGCGGCCAAGGUUCCCCGCUACCUGGCCUACAUGACUGCCAAGCUAAUGAUUGGGUGGCUGGGUUUCCCCGCGCCCCCGGGCAUUGUGCCGUACCAAUUGGGGUCGGCCAUGCUGGUGAUGGAGGGAGUGCUGCUGCCCUUCUCGUGCCUGCUCUCCCCCCGAGCCGCUCUGGUCUUGGCUCUGCUCAAAUUUCCAUUUGGUGUCGCCAUGAUGCUUCGCUCCGGAGCCACCUCGGAUCCCGUACGAGCUGCCGUACUUUGUUGCCGUGUCGUACUUGCGGCCGUCGCAACCACCGUUGCAUGCCAUACCUAUCUACGAGCAAGCUACGCGGCUUGGGUGGCUGCGCCAGCAGCGGCGGCGGCAGCCGGCGGCGGUCCCUCCACUUCCGCUGCGGCUGCUGCUGCCGAUUCCGUUGGCCCCUUUACUAAACAGCCGUCGACUGGUUUUGCCAGGGAAGGAGUACGGCAGCGGCUGUGGGCGCGGAAGUAG